AUGUCUGAUUCACUUAGAUUACCUUUAUUACCUUUGGAACUUAUUCUUGCCGUAUUAUCAUUUGUCCCUUCGCGGGACCUUUGUAGGUAUAUGAGUUUAUGCAAAGCAUUUGAAUAUGAAAUUCGUGGAAUUUUAGUGGAACGGAUACAAUAUUAUUUUGAAGUGGGAAAAAAUUAUUUAUUGGCCACGAUUGAACCUCCGGAUGUUUACAGCUCUGGACCAACUCACAUUUUUGACUUAGUAUUAUUUGGUGUGGAUGCGUCAUCAUUGAAAAGUCUAUUUAAGAUUAAUAAAGCUAAUAAUGAUUCAUUUAUUGAACAUUCACAAGGUCCAAAAAUAAUAGCAAGAAAAUUAGAAGGGGAUGAAGGAUGGGAAACGAUUCGACAAAAUGCAUAUAUUAACGUUGAGUCAUACCGGAGUCCUAUCAUCGAAUUAAUUUUGAAUGUUUCUAUACAUGUUUUUUCUCCUCAUGAUAUAAGACAUGAAGCUAUUUAUGUUUCUAAAGGCAGUGUGAAUUUUAAGAUAAACGUUAAUCCUGAAUCAAUUCCUUUGGAUAUUCCUAUUGAUGAUAAUUCGACAAUUAGCUUUAGUAAGGCAGUAAGGGAAAUAAAUUUUGAAAGUAUAAUUGUAAAUGCAUUUGUUGAAAUGGUUACAAUAAAUUCUGGUGUAUUAUUAACUGCAAUAGAAGAAAUGUGGAAGGAUGAUGUCUCGAGUUUAGUACUCGAAGAAUCGGACGGAUGGUGA